AUGUAUACAUCCACAUAUUCAUCAUCACCUGUCCGAACGUCAACAUUGGAGACAACUUCAACAAAUUACCAAUAUCAAUCGCAUCAUCGUCAGCAUAAUCAAUCAUCACAUAAUAACGGUAUUAAUACAAUAACUGAUAAUAAUAUGGCUUUAAGACGUAAUUUUGAUGGUGAUCCACGUUCGUAUUCACCUGUAACAUCAAUUCCAUUAAGUGCCCCAUCGUCACCAAGAAAAUAUCCAAAUUAUUAUAAUGAUUCAUCAAUUGAUCGAAAUACAUAUCAACCAACAGCUUAUUCAUCAUCCUCAUCAUAUCGUACAUAUGGAAAUGAUGCUGAAACAUUUUGUCCAAAUAGUUCACGUUAUAAUUUAAGUUGUAAUAAUCGUGCAUAUUCAUAUGAUGAUCUACUCAAUGAACAAAAUCGGUAUCAAUCAUCAACAUGUAAUACACGUAAUAUUGAUCAAUAUAGACAACAACAAAUACCAAAACGUAAUCUCUACUACGAUUAUGAUAAUCAUGAUUUAAUAGUUAAAUCAACAGAUUUACCAGCACAAUAUGAACAAGAGAUGAUGAAUUUAGUUCGAACAGCUUUUCGAAAAUAUGAAAUAACUAAUCAACGUGAAUUAGCUGGUUUUCUGAAACGUGCUGUAGACAAAAAAUUUUCACCAUGUUGGCAUUGUAUUGUUGGUAGACAAUUUAGUUCAUAUGUAACACAUGAAAUGAAUGGUUUUAUCUAUUUUACAAAAGGUCCAAUAUCAAUUUUACUUUUUAAAAGUGGUCCAUAA